AGUAUAUCACAUCGGGUCUCGGGUGGAUACCUGGGCCACGUGGGGAUCUUCACCAGUGUGUUCACCCGCGACGAACGAGAAAAACUGGACGCGAAUUUUGUUUUGGCCGGUGAGCGGGAAAAACAGUACAGCAUGUCCAAAAUGGCUGUCCUAGAUCACUUUUGCUUUCGUUUUCUGAUCGAUUAAGGUCCAGUUUGGCUAAAUUGCGAUCAGUUUAUCUCGAAAUAAUUCAUAGUUUGUUCGCAAUUAGCCAAGAGGACGUGCAUUGUUUAGAAAACAGCAGUUGCAUGUGUGGGAACCUUGGCCACGAUCAAACAUGGAGACGGAAGAGGGGCAGUUCGUGUACACCAUCAAUGGCGUAAAAGUUGCUUUCCCUUGCAAAGCUUAUCCGACCCAGCUGUCUAUGAUGAAUAUGAUUAUUAAAGGCAUUGAAAGGCAACAGAACUCCCUCCUGGAGAGUCCUACAGGAAGUGGAAAGAGUCUAGCCCUCUUAUGUUCUUGUUUGGCCUGGCAAGCAGCAGAAUAUGAUAAGAAGGCAAAACUUGAAGAACAAAUGAAUGCUGAAGUAUUUGAUGAUGGAUGCUGUGGUAAGACAUGUGGAGAUGAAGAAAAACCUCUCCGAACAGAUCCUGCAAAUGUCAUCAAAUCUGAUUAUUUCCAUCAGAGUUACACUAUCCAACCACAAAAAAGUGUUAGCAAUACAGAAGUACCACUUAAUACAGAAGCAGUGGCUACUCCAGUGCAGUUGUCAGUCACAGAUCUGAAUGAAUCACUUGCCAGGAGAGACAAUGAAUCUGGGAGCCCAACUGAUGACGAUUUCCAGCCAGCAAAGAAGCGCUUCAGAACGCCCGGAAAUCCGGCAUUGUCAUCAUCUAAAAAGAGGCGUGUCCAGACACCCCUUGGAGGGUCAGUUGAAGAUGGAGAUUGUGAGCCUCCAGAAUGGACCAUUGAGUUGACAGCAAGCAGAGCAAGGGAGAACAUUUCUCCAACUGCAACUGAUAGUAAUGACAAGAAAGACAAAUUAUCCCCUGAUAAUAUUGGCAAGCAUGAUGCCAAAUCAGAAAACUUAAAGGUUCCAAAAAUUUUCUUUGGAACUAGAACACACAAGCAAAUAGCACAGAUUUCAAGGGAACUUAGGAAGACUGUGUACAACAAAGUGAGGAUGACCAUACUUUCCAGUCGGGAGCACUCCUGUGUCCAUCCAGUAGUUUCAAAGGGGAAAAACAAGAAUGAAGAGUGUAAAAAGUUACUGGAUGGUUCAAUGGGCACCACUUGCAGGUAUUAUCAGAAAGUUCACACCAUCCGGACCCAAACUAGUCUCAGAUAUCAUGGUCUUGCUACUGCCUGGGAUAUUGAAGACUUGGUCACUCUUGGAGGUCAAAUCAAGGCCUGUCCAUAUUAUGCUGCGAGGGAGCUAAUGAAGGAAGCUGACAUCAUUUUCUGUCCUUACAACUAUCUCAUUGAUCCUAAAAUCAGAAUGCAGAUGGAAAUUAGCCUUAAGGACCAGAUAGUGGUUCUGGAUGAAGCACACAAUGUAGAAGACUCAGCACGAGAUGCUGCCAGCCUUACACUGACAGCUGUGGACUUACAGAACACAUUAGAUGACCUUGAUAGGCUAGGUAAUAAAAUGAAAAUAGUAUUGCUAUUACUACAUUUGGAUGGGCAAUCUGUGGAUGGGUGGUGGGUGACUUUAGGAAAUGAUGGCAAUACUCACAUCUGGUUGCAUCCUGCAUAUUUAGCAAGUGACAGCCCUUCUUUAACAUCUCAUAGUCUUUCUCUUCUGGAAGGAAUAUUUCUGAUUGGCAAAUUUAUGAUGGGAAACAAUAUGCAAUAUAUCGCUGAUUACAGCCUGGAGGAUGGAGGAGAGCUCAUGGAGGUGUGGGUUGGAACCCUAUCAGCAGGACCAAGUGGUUCAGCUAUUAAUGCCAGUUAUCGCAGUGCUGAGACCUUCACCUUUCAAGAUGAAGUUGGCAAGAUGGUACUUAAUGUUUGUGAGACAGUACCACAUGGUGUACUCUGUUUCUUUCCAUCGUACAACAUGUUGGACAAGCUCAGCAAACGUUGGCAGUCAACAGGUCUUUGGUCCAAGCUCUUGGACAGGAAAGUACUUGUCAGUGAACCACGCAGUGGAGACAAAUUAGGAUGUGUAGACUCAGAUGAUGACUCCAGUGUUGAUGGAGGUUUGUUCCUGGCCGUGUGCAGAGGAAAAGUGAGUGAAGGACUCGACUUUGCAGAUAACAACGCCAGAGCCGUCAUCACGAUUGGAAUACCUUUUCCAAAUGUGAAAGACAUCCAGGUGGAACUCAAACGGAAAUACAACACGCAGUAUUCAGCCAGUCGAGGACUGCUGACGGGCAGUGAGUGGUAUGAGAUCCAGGCCUACCGUGCAUUAAAUCAGGCUUUGGGAAGGUGUAUUCGUCACAAACAAGACUGGGGAGCCAUUGUUCUAAUAGAUGAACGGUUUAACAAGUCUCCAAGGUACAUCAACGGGAUAUCCAAAUGGGUGCGCAAGAGAAUUACACAGUACAACAACUUCUCCGCGGCCAUGUCUUCCCUGAAAGAAUUCGCAUCUGCACGUAAAAGAGAACCGUGUCCCGCCAAUACCAGCCCCUGUUCUGUUAGCCAACUGAGCAGAAGUUCUGUGGAGACUCCAGUCAAGGAACAGAACGUUCAUGCUGAUGUAAAGCCAUCUGUAGAGCACACUUCACUGCUUGACAACCGCGGAAACCAAACUAGAGGGGUUGCACUGGAACAGAACGUUCACGCUGAUAUUAAGCCAUUUGUAGAACACACUCCACUACCCGACAACCGAGGAAACCAAACUGGCGGGGUUACACUGGAACAGAACGUUCAUGCAGAUGUUAAGUCAUUUGAAGAACACGCCCGACUACCUGACAACCAAGAAAACCAAACUGGCAGGGUUACUCUGGAACAGAGCGAUCUUUGUGCAACUCCUUGUCAGUGCAGUGAUGCAAGACCUUCUGUAGAGGCUACUAACGCUCAUGGAAACCUAGCCGUUGGGUUUACAGUAGACCACAGCGGCAACUGUGCAACUCCUCCUCAAAGUACCGAUAGUAAACCAUCUGUAGAGUCCCAACAUGUAGGUAAGGUCCAAGGAAACCCAGGUGAUGGGUUUACACUGGAACACAGCGUUCAUUCUACCACUCCCUUUCAACGUAUUAUACUAUCUGCCAAGCAGCGUUCACUUAGCAACAUGCAAGGAAACCAGACUUCAGGUUUUACCCCUUCUUCUAAUUUAAUCCAAUCAGCUUUCUCUGGCGUCACUUCUAAAGGUCUGUCUUUCAAUGCAGAGAGAGUGGCAUCGAAACUUGAUAAAUUUAAACGGAAAAACGUUGAUGUCGACGGGAGUGAGAGGAAGGUUUUCAAUGGAAUGACUUUGGUACUUGACUUUAAACCCGUAAAUGGCGAGAAUUUCGUUACGGUUAAAUCUAACGAGUUGAAAGUGGAUGGGAAAAUGGAGAGUCAAGAAUCUGAUAGUGCAUUGAAGAAGAAACCUGAAAGCGACCCACUCGCUAGGGAACAGAUGUCCUCUCCUCUUCUCUUUGCCACUCCUCAGUCCACUCCUUCACCUUCACCUGUCAAACAGGAAAUGAACUGGAUGACACCCAGGGAGGGUGAGGAGAGGACAAGUUUAAACUCGUCAAACUUGAAUCUCGGCGCCGAGGAACCAAACGCAAUUAAAAAUGUAGGAAAUGGAGAAGGUAGUCUUGGUAAUUGUUCGAUUACUUUGUCAAAGAAAGGCGGUGAUUUUGGUAAAUCCUCAUUGCUGGAAAACACAGGGGUUCAAGGCUUCGUCGCAGUAGAAAAGCUGUUAAAGUCAAAAGAAGCUGAUGCGAAUGCUCCAGGUCACGGAGGGGAUGGUAACGAGUUAAACUCAGAGAAAAAGCCUCGUGAUAUCCUUGAUGACGUAAAAGACGACUUUUCUCAUGAAAAGGCAGGAUUAGAAAAUCGCUUGCAAACGAAGGCGCCGCAUGUUGAUCGUAAUACUGAGUCGAAAGAAACUGUGAAGGAAGGUGUACUGAAUUUAUCGUCGUCUUCAAGGAGAAGCGAGCGUCCCUGUAAUAGCGUGUCUGAGAUGCCGAGCAAUGUUCGACUUGGUCGGAGAAGAAGCACAAGGCUUAGAAGAUUUUCAAACAGCAGUAAAAGCACGAGGGAGGAAGAGAAAGUAGCAUCUGAGGAAAAACCCAAAGAUGAAAGUGACAAACCUGUGCUGUAUUGUGCCCGUUGUGGUGGCAGCCUUGUCACAGGUUCCUUCGCUUCUAACUCCUUCACAAGGCAUAUUCCUGACGUAUUGCAGAGUUCCUUUCAACAGACAGUCGACGAGAAAAACGUUCUUGUUAUCGACAAAGAGACUUGUACAAUGUCAAACCUAAGUUCUUUGAUUGACGCGAAGAACGAUCACUCUCCAGGUAUGAAACUAAAUAGUCUCUUUGUACCGGAGUGCGGCAGCUGCUACAUUCCCCUGGUCUGCCGAGUGUGUCAGACUACGAAAGGAGAUUCACGGAUCGUGGGAUUAGAAGUGGUGUCGUUCGGAUCAUUCUCUGAGCAACAACAAUGUCAACCGCAUCCUCUAAAACAGGUUUGGUUUUUUCCAGGUCUCGUCAAUGUUCACUCACCAGCUAGCGAGUGAUCCGAAGUCAAAGAGGGGCUGGUGUAUUUCAGCAGUGCGACUAGGCUUUUCUCAAUGAAUAGUGAAUAAAAUGAUUUCAUAUUUCUUAAAAACAUGCGAUGGUUACUCCAGUCGACCAUCUCAUCAGUCAGUCACUUUAUCACCAGCUAAUGAUGAAGUGAAGUCUGCAACAGGUCUAAGUCUGCGCUUCAUUUUGCAUGAUAACUUGUAGGUGGUUUUGUAAGUAGUAGCGUCUGCUAAGCCACACUUCGCCUCUACCCGUUUAUACUCAAGCUCCUGGGUAAAGAGAGGUCCUGUUCGAAUAAAGUUCCUGUCAGAGAGAACAACUCCUCAAUCCCGGUCAGGGCUUGUACCCAGAACUGUCGAAUCGGCGUCCAGGGCACUGAAUGACCAUUAGCAGCCACACCUCAUUAUUAUGGCCUUCCUGUUAUUUCUGUUCAUCUUAACAGUGUCAAACCCCUUAUUGGUAAAUUUCAUUCGAGGCUGUGUUUGUAUUUUAGCAAUGUCAUGAUAUACUAUAGAAGAAGAGGUGAAAGAGGGAGGGGAAACUAGUUGCUACCUUCCCUGAGUGUUUGUUUGCCCCCACUCUCCCUUGGUCACCCAGAAUUAUUGUUUCUGAAUUGGUUAUAUCCAGGUUAUAAUCAUAAGUGUUGGUGGGUUUAGCAAUAUUGUACAAAUGAGCAAGCAAAUAUUGCAAAAACGUGCAACAUCAUAUCUGCAUCUGAAUUAUACAUUGAUAUAGAAUUUGCCUUGCACGAAUUCAUCCAUCCAUCGAUCGAUCUAAAUAUGGACAUUAUUUUGUCUUUGAUAUCGAAGUUAUUUUUUAUCCAAUGAUCAAUUUUCUUGUUAAAUCUUUUCCGUUAACCCAAGCUUAAGGUGGCUGAACACAGUUUUUGAUACCUGUGUUUCAUUUACUUUUUUCUCUCAAACCCUUGAUCCC